UCUAAUUUAACGUUACGGAUGGCAAAAUCACUGGAGGAGCAACACCCAGUUAAGGUCAUUGGAUGGGCAGCAAAGGAUUCAUCUGGUGUCUUGGCCCCCUUCAAUUUCUCCAGAAGGGCAACUGGAGAGAAGGACGUGACGUUUAAAGUAUUAUAUUGCGGAGUCUGCCACUCUGACCUUAACUCAACAAGAAAUUUCCUUACCUAUCCUACUCACCAGGUCAAGAAUGAAUGGGGCAACUCCAAUUAUCCUGUUAUUCCUGGGCGUGAGAUUGUGGGUGCCGUAACGGAGGUUGGUAGUAAGGUGCAGAAAUUCAAAGUUGGAGAUAGAGUCGGAGUUGGGUGCAUGGUUGGAUCAUGCCACUCUUGUGAAAAUUGCGCUAAUGGUCUAGAAAAUUACUGCCCUAAGGUGAUAUUAACCUACAAUGGUAUCUACCAUGAUGGAGCCCCUACAUACGGAGGUUACUCCAAUAUCAUGGUUUGUGAUAAGAUUUUUGUGAUUAGCAUUCCAGCGAGCCUCCCCCUUGAUGCUCGUGCUCCUCUACUAUGCGCCGGGAUUACAACUUACAGUCCUCUUAGACACUUUGGACUUGACAAGCCUGGCAUGCAUGUGGGUGUUGUUGGCCUUGGUGGCCUUGGCCACACAGCUGUAAAAUUCGCAAAGGCUUUUGGAGUUAAAGUCACUAAGCCUCAAAACUGCCUAAAUUCACUGUUUUAUGGCAUCUGA